GCGCUUUCAUUGAUUGUAUUUCAUGAUGUACGAGAAAGACGUCAUAUUUAUAUUGCUCCUAGAUAAAGACUUAUUACGAAGAUUCAGUGACAAAUACAUAUUUACAAUUUACAAUUUCCAGAUUCCAGUUUUCAGACAACUCAAAAAUAAUUUCACCAACUUGCAAGAAACUUUGGCUUCCAGUGCAGCAAUUUACAAAUUAUUAUUGAAGGCAACACUUGACAACAUGCUGGCAGGCAAAACUAGAGAAGAUAAUGGUAAGCAUCUUUUUGUAAUUAAUUCUCUCAUUGUAUCUCAACCUUGUUUUAAUAAGGGAAUAAAGUUAAAAAUGAAAAUUCUAUUCCUUAAAUGUCAAUUUAUUGAUUGAAUGCCAGCUAGAGUGCCUAGAGAGAAUGGACAACACUAAGUUGAAAAUUUUACUAUCC